AUGGUUGAGUACGGCUGGGCUAGAGCACCGACACGAUUAAUAACACCAUCAUCACUUUCACUAACCGGAAGAGUAAACUUAAGCGGUAAAGAUUCGUGUGGUUGUGGGGACUCACAAGGUAGCGGCAGUAAGAUAAUAUUCAAAACAUACGUACCACCACCAAAAAAAACUCACGAUGAAAAGAAUAUGAGUUUGAAUCGCCCUAUGUCGCCGCAUCUGACGAUAUAUGCACCUACGUUACCAGCCAUGACGUCCAUUGUCCAGCGUAUUACAGGAAUAAUUAUUACUUUUUAUGGGCUGCUACUUGCAUGUGGCAGUCUUUUCCUGUCCAAUGGAGUGGAGACCUAUGUGUCUAUGAUACAAAGUCUAGAUCUUUCUAGACCUCUCAUAUUUAUCAUAAAAAUUAUAUUAGGAGUUCCGUUUGUGUAUCACUAUUUUAACGGAAUACGUUUCUGUAUGUGGAAUGCUGGAAGAUGGCUGGAAAUGAAGGACGUAUACGCCACAGCAAAAAAAAGUUUUGUUGCUACCGCUGUUGUAACGUUAAUUUUUGCUCUUAUUUAA